UUGUGACGUAUCUGAUUAGUAUAUGAGUGACGUUAUUGCCAAAACGUGAUUCAUUUCAUCAUUUUUUUUAGUUGUUGGAGUCAAUGCUCUAUCUUCAGUUGCCAGUCUAUAUUACGACGUUAUUGGAUUCGAAUUAUGUGAAUAGGUUAGAAUAAUAUUCUUAUUUUCACCUGUUAUUAUAACAAAAAUGAAUUCGGCAUUUAAUUAAAAAAAAAUUCUGAGAAAAUCUGACGCUUCUGAAAACAGCCCCAAGGAAGUUGUUUCAGUGAAAAAGGGCGUAGCUUUGUAUGACGUCACCAGAUAUACGUAAUGCGGCGCCGACUAGAAAUUGCAAUUAGUUUCAGACUUUUGGGUGUGAGGGGAUGAAAGUUCAAUUGUUUUUUUGUUCGUAUUCGCCUGUCGAAUUGUAGAAUUAUGGAGGAAAGAAAUGUUCAGAAAAAAUAUUGUAUAGUACCAAGGUGUCCUAAUACAACCCGAAAUGCACCAAACAAAUUGUUUAUAACUGUUCCCAAAGAUGAAAAAGUGAACAAAGCCUGGCAGAUAGCUAUGCGAAGAAAGGAGUUUGUUAAAGGAACUUGUUUUUGUUGCGAAGAUCAUUUUAAUCCACCAGAAGAUAUUGAGAAUUUUAUGUACCUGAAGAUAAUGAAAGAAGGUGUCAUAAGACUAAAACCAGGUGUGGUGCCACACAUUUUCGAUUGCCAGAAAAGUCGCCCUGAUUUCCAAAGUGUCAAACCUAGACCUUUAAUUAAAAAAAGGCAACAAGAAAUGAAAGACUCAAAAAAUAAAAUGUUGAAUGUUUUCCAUAAUCAAAGAAACGAAAUAGGACAGAUUGAAAAAAAAGCUGUUGUUUCGCAAGGUGUCCAGGUAAAUAUUAAACCGCCAAGGAAAAACGCAAGUUGUCAAUGGGAAGACAUCUUUUUCACUGCCGAGUCAACAAAAAAAAGAAAACCGACACUGGAAGAUGAAGUGCCCAGAAAAACUUCACACCCAUCAACUUCAUCUACUUGAACAAAGAUCUUUUCAUCUACUAGUGGCACUACCUCAAGUUGAUCAAAGCUGAUAAUAUCCACCGAGAUAAAUUUAUCAGAGGCAAUAAGGGUACAAGAAUGGAACACUAAAGGAAAUUUUCGGAAAAGACAUUUUCAUCGAAAAAUAUCCUAAACUUCAUUUAGCAUUCCAAAAGAAUUUUCACUCAUUUAAAAAAAAUUCUACUGAAUGUCUUGAGAAAUUAUAGCUGGCGAUUUUUUUUUGGUCACCCUCUUUGGUGUAUGGUUAUACAAAACACUAUUUUAUUACUGACAUAACUUCUAGAGACUUUUAUUCAGAAAGAAAACCGUUGAAGAAGUGACAAAAUAUCUACCUAUUCCGACAUAGAUAUAAAAAUGUAUGCUAUAUAAAAGGCUGUUUGGAAAUUGAGAAUCAAAAACCAAUUGAUUCUAUUUGGCAGACUACGAUAUGGUCUGUUAAAUAUCUGAUUGUACUCUUGAUUGUUUAGUUUUGUUUGUGUCUAAUAGUUUUUUAUGGCAGAUGGGUUACACUGAAGAACAGUUGAGUGCUAGGAGACUUACAUCUGCUUCAAAGGGAAGGGAAAGUUUGAAAGAAAAAGUUGAGUCAAAAAAUGGGAUACAUAUUGAAAGUGUCAUUUCAACUAUUUGGUCGAUGGAAUCCUCAUGCAAGAAUAAUUUAUUGAAUAUUUAGACUCAAUAGUUGAAAUAACAUGUAGACUCAUCAGUAUUCAAAACUAUUUGAUGAAUAAUAAAUAGGAUUCUUCAAAUGAGUUAUACUACUUUUUUUAUACAUAUUUUCAAUUCAAAAUCGUUUUUUUAAUGUGUUACUAAUAAAUUUAUUCAUCAUAA